AUGGCUGAGCAGCAACUUGAGAUUGUCAGUCUAAAAGCUUUAUCAACAGAUACUACCAUGACUACUGGCUUGGAUCUGCACAGUCUCCCUGUCCACACUUUGUCUGAGGAGAAAAAGAAAACCUUGGUUGAAUGCUAUUCUCCAAUUGUGAGUGUCCAGUACUCUCCAUCCUUCACAAUCCCCAUGGCACUCCAGAAGUUUUCUGCAUUGCAAAAGUUGAUGGAUGCCUCAUUGUCUGCAAUUCAGUACUCUUCCAUGGCCAUUUUCUACCCCCAACAAAGCCUACACUAUGACUCCAGACACCUUCUAGGCUUCUAUUACGAGUCAAGCUGCAGCCACCAAGGCUUUACUUUAAGCUUCUGCUUGCCCUUGCUCGUCGUUUUUUUGAGAGGCCCCACCACACAGAGCUGGCAGGCAUUCCACAAACAAUGGACGCACUCACAAUGGGUCAUUCCAGUCGUCACAUCCCUCAAGGGGUCGCAGGGCAUUUCACAAAUGGGGGGAUUCCACAACGCACAGACAUUCCAGAGCAAAAAGCCCCUCUCAUCAAACAGUCCUUUCCAACGGGGACCCCACAUCUCUGAAGGUUUCUGUAUCCACUUUGCUCAACAACUGCCAAUGUCGAGCCACCCUUGUCCUCACAUUCCCAUGAGCCAUGACCAAACUCUUUUGCUUCGCCAUGAGAUAAGCCAAAUUUUGUACAAGCAAGCAAUCGAACCGGUUACCUCCCCCUCUCCUGGGUUUUACAGCAAUCUAUUUGUCAUUCCCAAGAAAGACGGAGGUGCCCGUCCAGUUUUCAAUCUCAAAGGCCUGAACCAAUUCCUGGAUGCUUCCAAGUUUAAGAUGGAGACUCUUUACGAGGUUUUGGGAAGGCCAUAUAUUCCAGUUUCGCACCAUGCACUUUGGUCUCUCCAUCGUUCCUUGGCUGUUCACAAAGAUUACCCAUCCUGUUCUUCUCUGGGCUUGCUCUCACAGGAUUCGGGUCUCUGCCUACCUCAACGAUUGGAUCCUAAUGGCCCCCACAGCAGAACUAGCUCAGGAGUACACUCGUCUUCUUCUUCAGUGCAUGACGUCAUUGGGAUGAAUUGUCAAUAUGAAAAAGUCCCAUCUGACUCCAACUCAACAGAUCAACCACCUGGGCUUCUUGGCAAGAAGCUGCGCGACCUGCAAAAGUCUAUCCAUGCCAUUCUGCUUGCCACCAGCCACACUUCCCGUAUAAUCCACAGUGUCACCAUGUGUAUCUGUGCUGCUGUCAUUGCCAUGUUCCCUGUCAAUCUGUACACUCAGGCGUUAAUGUUCUACAAGAACAAGCAGAUUAAGGUCUCCCACUACUGGAACAACCCGGUGGCUCUACCACUUCCUUGUUGUGAGGAGCUGACUUGGUGGUUGCACAACCCUGCCAAAUGGAAUGGUCAUUCUCUGCUCCCCCCAUCUCCUCAACAGACCUUGUAUGUCAAUGCCAGUGACACUGGCUGGCGUGCUGCUCUCAACGGCCAACUGAAGGCAUUGCAUCUCUCCCUCCAAACUUUUGGUCACCUCAGCAAUAUGGCAGUGCAUGUGCGAACACACAACACCACUUCCAUGUCUUAUGCCAACAAGCAGGGCGAUCCACAUUCCAGGCGUUCUCAACACUCUUGCCGACUUGGCAUCGCAGAAAGUUUUCUCCAAGAACAUGUGGUGGCUGACUCCCUCUGCCUUCCAACAGAUCCAGAGUCAUUGGGGUCCUUAUACCAUCAAUCUGUUUGCAGACCGAACCACAGCCCUCCUCUCAAGAUAUAUCUCUUGGCUUCUGGACCCUCAGGCUCUGGCAACGAACGCCAUGUCCAUCCCUUGAACAGGUCUACAGAACAUGUAUCUCAAUCCUCCAUGGAACCUCAUCCUCUCUUGUCUCUGCAAGUUGCAUCUCAAACGUCUUCAAGUCAUGAUAGUGGUGCCUCAUUGGUCAUCCACCCUUUGGUUUCCUCUCCUGUUCUCCAUGGCUCUCCAACCUCCUCUCCUCCUCCACGGUCAACCAGUGAUUCCGUUCACACACACCCCUUGGUCAUUAACCAACCACAAGUGGAGGCUGUCCAUGUGGCGGGUCUCAGGCGACGUUGUGAAGACAGGGGGUAUACUGAGGAGGCCUCUUUGGCAUUAGUCUCUCCUUUGCUGAUGGACUCUUCCACCAACCGGGUGUACAAGAAAGAACAAUCAUUGUUUGUGGUUUGGGCGACUCAAAAUGAUGUGUCCCUCACUGAGUUCUCCUCUCAAGACCUGAUAAACUUCAUUACCUCAGCCACCGUGUCUAACUACAGUGUGAAUACCUUCCAGCUCUUUCUAUCAGCCAUCAUGUGGUUCCAUGUCAAUCCCUCCUCCAUGCACACUGGAGAUCUUGCACUACUUUUCUCCUCUCUGCACUGUUCCACUCCGCCGAUCCCUCUAUCUCAUCCACACGUCAAUCUCUCUCCCACCUUUGUGAUCCUUGCACACAUCCCUUCCUCUCCCACCACUUCUCUCAGCAAACCCUCUGACUUAGCCCAAAUUGAUCUCACUCAAUCCUACGCCUUUGAUAAGAUUCUGUGCUUGGUGAUUCCGAUCCCCAAGGAGAAUUGUAGUGGUCACCACAUCCCUCUGUCUGCUCUCCAAUCUCCUUCCACUCUUUUUCUAAAUUCCAAAAACCCAAGCCGCCCAAUUCAAACCAGCACUAUUUCCAGCUGCUUGUUCUGUUUUGUUUACUUGUCCACCUCUGUUUGCCCCACGCCUUCUCUCUGGUCAAUUGUCUUAGAUCUCACUCUUUGCCGUGAUGUUCCUCUUGAAGAUGUAGUCACCAUGGGAAACUGGUCCUCUUUGGCAAUGUUUGAACAGCACUACCACUGUAUGCGUGCUCCUCAGACAAAUAUCUCUUUGUUUAUGCUUCCAAUCUCAGUGAAAUGA